CAAAUUCAAAAACCUAACCUCUAAAAGUAUUAAUUGAUUGCCAAAAGUUGUAAAAAUAGUUUAAACAAAUAGCUGAAAAUCUUUUAAUUUAAAUAAAACCAAUAUGUCUGGAAAGGGAUCGCAUAGAAAUAAACAUUAUGAAAAGAAAAAUAAGGUUGCAGUUGGUGAAAAAGCUAGAGAAGCCCUGGAACAAAUUGAUGAAAAUAGUCCUAUAAUUAAAAUGUUUCGUCAGUAUGCUAUUGAGCUGGAUGACAAACACGAUAGACAUGAAAGAAUUGUUAAAUUAAGCAGAGAUAUAACUAUAGAGAGCAAGAGAAUAAUCUUUUUGUUGCAUGGUAGUAAUGUGGAUUUGGAAACCAAACGGGAUAUUAUAUUAAAAGAAGCCGCAAUGAGGCUUGAAAUGCUGAGUAAAAACUUUAAAUCCAUUGCCACAGAGUUAAAAGAUAUGGAUGCAUAUCAGUAUUUAAGAGCAUAUACUGCAGGACUUCAAGAAUAUGUGGAAGCUGUUGCAUUUUACCAGUUUUUAAGAUUUAAUGAGUUAGAAACUUGGGAAAAUUUGCAGGAAAAAUUUCGAUUUUCUAAAGAAAAUGAUCACCCUUCUCAAUCAGAAAUUGUGAAACUACUUUUUCCAGCUACUGAAUUUAUAUUAGGCAUAGCAGAUUUUACUGGAGAACUGAUGCGCAAGUGUAUAAAUAGUUUAGGCUCUGGAAACAUUGAAGAUUGUUUUAAAAUUUGCAACAUUGUCAAGCAAAUAUAUAUAGGGUUUUUAGGAAUAAACCCCUCAAACAACAGGGAACUGAAAGCUAAAAUGUAUGUACUAAAACAGAGUUUGUUGAAGAUGGAAAAUGUUUGUUAUAAUAUUAAAGUCCGUGGUAGCGAAGUUCCAAAGCAUAUGUUGGCACAAAUUGCAAUUGCAAAUACUGAACAAAAUGAGGAAAUAGAUGAAGGAUUUUUUUAAGACUUUAAAGCCAUGUCUUUUCACAAACAUUUAUUUUUCUUUUUAAUUUCUACUACUUGACACCAUAGAUAAACAGUUGUAUGAUUUCGUAUAAUUUUAAUAAAAUAUAUAUGUAUAGAGA